AUGGACACUGGCCUGAGGCGCAAACCUGUGGCAAACCUCGGCCCCGUCGCCUUCCCAGGACCUCCCCACCGGCCCAGCCACCUGCCGGAUCUCCUGGGCUCCUCGACAGGCCCCGCCCAUCGGACCCCUGGGGAGCUCCACCAGAACAAGCCCCAGUCUAGUCCCGAAGCGCAGCGGGGCGCGGGGCAGGGCGGGGAGCGCGGAGGGGCGGAGCGGCGGGAACGCGAAGGCGGGGCGCGGACACUGAUUGGCCAGCACCGCGGCGCCGACCGAGCCGGAUGGGCGCAGCGGACCCAGCCGCGGACCGCCGAGCGGCCGUUGCACUGGCUCUCCCUUGUCCCAGUGUGUGGACAGCACCACACGCCCUCCAGACCAGCAACGGCUCUUCCAUGUGCUUUCCAGUGUUUUUGUCAGAGAGUCCGACAGAGCCCUAGCUCCUCCAGAUCUGGCCCAGAACCGAGUGACGAGCACCCAGCAGACAUGGUGAAAAUGACCAAGUCCAAAACUUUCCAAGCUUAUCUGCCACACUGUCACCGAACUUACAGCUGUAUCCACUGCAGAGCCCAUCUGGCCAAUCACGAUGAGCUCAUCUCUAAGUCCUUUCAGGGAAGCCAGGGGCGAGCCUACCUCUUCAACUCUGUGGUGAAUGUGGGCUGUGGCCCUGCUGAGGAGAGAGUCCUUCUAACUGGGCUGCAUGCAGUGGCUGACAUCUACUGUGAGAACUGCAAGACCACUCUUGGGUGGAAAUACGAACAUGCCUUUGAGAGCAGUCAGAAAUACAAGGAAGGAAAAUUUAUUAUUGAACUUGCCCACAUGAUCAAAGACAACGGCUGGUAAACUGAAGCGGUCCACUCCUGUUUGAAUACUAUUUUAUGAAAGCUGAGUGUAAAGAAGACCUAGCUUCUUGGUGACAAUACUUCUUGAACUUAACCUCACAGGCCAGUCCAGUUUCAACACUUGAAGGUGUCUCUCUAGGCUAUCCACUUGGUAAGGUGCCCCAUCUGAAUCCCCUUCAUGUACACUGCGUUUCUGGAAGUCUGCAUUCUUUUUCUAACUUCUUGAGUUCUAGAGAAAGAAUUGACCAGCUGGUGACUCACCUGCCUAGUGAACACUUUCUUUUACCCUACGCCUGCAACACCGUCUGGCUGUGUUUUCAUCAAACCCAAGUCCCUCAAAGCACAGAAGGAGGGACUCUCUCACAAGCAAAGGCAUAGUGACCAGAAGUAGUCAGCCAAUUUAUAUGUCUCUUCAAAAACUGAAGCGAGCCACUGGUAACAUGGUAGAGAAGCUAAGCAUUCAGUGUGCAUCUUAAGCAAAUAGGGAGGUUCCUGAUGUAGAAGACAAGUGACUUUACUAGUGACUGAACACUGUCCCAGGCCUACCGAAGUCUGCCACUGAGCUGACUCCCUCUGUGCUGUGGCAGCACAGUGGCUCAGAAUGUAGGGCUGGUCCCUACCACAGAGCAACAGGCUGGGCUUCACUUUUUACACUAGAUGUACUUGAAAUAGCUAGUUAUGCAUACAGAGACCAGAGCCAGCAGGAGAACUGCAAAACUUGAGAGUUUUCUUGUGAUAAAGGAAGAGUUAGCUUAGUAUGGGAGCUACCUUUCCUGCCUGGAAUCACCUCAUGACCUGACAGGGAGGGUCUGGGCCAUCCCUCAAGCCCAAGCUCUCAGAUUUUAAGUCACAACCCAUCAUCCCCCAUGUAUCUAUAAGGAGUGGAUGUGUAGAGAGGAUGGAGGCCAGAGCCAUUCCCAGAUAAGUUUCAUCAUUUUGUACCCUACCCAUGGCAGAAGGGCAAGAAGGUGGCCUGUGAAGGCUGCCAGCCCUUGAGCUGCAAAGGGAGCAUGACAGGAGGGUGCUUAGCACCAGCUGCCCUAGAGCUGCCUGGGGUGUGGCAGUCAAAAAGCAGUUUCUAGUCCUUUGGGCUCCAGCCCCAAACCUUCUAAACCCAGAUCCUCCGGCCAAUACAGGCACUGGCACUGCAGUUAACUUCAAAGCCUACAUUUUGGUGCUUUCUUUUUUUUUUUUUUUUUUGCCCAAGAUUGUAAGCCUGGUAAUAUAAGAAAUGCCUGGGCAAUUGGAUGACAUGUUGGCAUGGACUGUGAACUCUAUGCCCAGUCCUAGCCCAAGCUGCUUUCUCCCCAACUACUUCCUGUUUCCCUCCAGACUAAGGCUGGCCCAAAGCAAAGUUACUCCACCCAGUAAGGUUAAGUGCUGAAACUCAGCACAGGCAGUGGUGUGACCCUGGUAGGGCUCAGUGCCAUCCUUGCCUAGGAAUGAACACUUAGUCAACAGUCAGCUCAAAGUGGACAUGACAGCCUGGCUAGGUUUGAAUACUUUUCAAAGUGGGAACUUGGUGGCUGAGGCAUGGGUGAUGAUGUCACCAGUGGGAAGAAAGGCAAGGGCAACUUGAGUAUGCCCCUAUAUGUGCUUCACUUAAGUGGAAGACUCUUCGAGAAUUCUUCUGACCAGUGUUUGUAUAUACUAAGAUUAUAUUCACAGACUUUAUAUUCUGGGCAUGCUACCUGCCCUUCAACUGAGCACUUUGUAUUGUCUUUUGUGAGCACCAACUGGAGCAUUUUUGCUAGUAUAACCUAUGUGUAUUGGGGAGUGAUGGAUAUAAACAAAAUGUUUAUCAAGUUUUUUUGGAUUUUGCGUUGGCCUUCUGUGAAAUAUCAACUUUUUAAACCAAAAGAACUGACCAUGAGCUGGCUUCAGGGUAAGUGAUGCAAGACCACAACCAGGUGUGCUGCUAACUGCCGAACGCCUCACAUCCUUACACUCCUACAGUAUCAGUGUCAUUCUGUGACUAUCUCCAGAACAGUGGGUGGUGAUACCAGGCCAUAAACGCCACUUUGCUUUAGAAAUGUGGUUUAUUUUGUUGCUGUCUUAUUAGUAUAUAGAUACUAUUUUUAUACCUUAUUCUUGAUGGCAUCUGUCAGGUAUUUGGAAAGAUCAGAAAUGAUUUUUCUUUCUCAAAAAAGUCCUUUAUUUUCUGAUGACCUCAUCAGACAGUUUUCAAAAUCCAAGUGUCUUUACUGUCCAAAAAACUACCAUUUAAGCUGUAGACAACCAACUCAUGGAAAUGCAAGCCCCGGUGGCCUGUCCUCUGUGCUGGAGGGCAAGAGAAGAGGACACAGCUGCCCAUGGGACAGGUGCAGGCUGCUGAGCAAGGCUGACAGUAGAGUGAUGUGGAAGCAACUGCGAGUUCACCAUGAGCAGAGGAAAGCAAGCCCAAGCAUACAGAGUGCCCUUGGCCUCCCUGUCUGUAGCCAAAGCUGUCAGCCCUUGGUGGCAUGUCUGUGUGAGGUAUAAAAAUAAAGCUUCUGUUGUCAACAGCAA